CGUUUCCGUGGCAGAAGCGACCAUGGAACAGACUGACGGUACAAGUUCUCGAGACCAGAACCUUCCCGAGCAACGCGGUGAGCCUUCUUGCGCAGCCAUCGCUGUCCGCCUUCCUCAGUACUGGGACCAGCAUCCUUCGGCGUGGUUUCUUCAGGCGGAAUCACAAUUUCAAGUUGCUGGUAUCCGCUCCCAAGCUACGAAGUUCCACUACGCUGUUGCGGCACUCUCGCCCACCGCCAUUGACGAAGUAGCGGAUCUGUUGAGCAACCCGCUGUCUGCGAACGCCUACGACGAUCUCAAGACGACCCUGCUACAGCGCACGGCAGUUUCACAGCGUUCUCGCAUACAGCAGCUUCUGUCCGCUGAAGAACUCGGCGACCGACGCCCCAGCCAACUUCUUCGCCGAAUGAAGCAGCUGCUCGGAGACAACGCGAGAUCCGUCGACGACGCGCUGUUACGCGAGCUGUUUUUACAACGACUGCCGGCUAACGUGCAGAUGGUUCUGGCAACAGCUUCUACCAUGGACCUCACCGGACUUGCCGCGUUGGCCGACAAGGUGAUGGAAGUAGCCACGCCAGCCAUCGCAGCCACGACACCGUCGACUGGUGAGAGUACCACCACGCUGCGAACUCUGCCGUCUUUUUCGACAGCCCAGUCGCCGCUCGACGCCCUGUGCGAGCGCCUCGAACGCAUCGUCUCUGCAGCAGAACAACGCCGCGCGUCACCUCACCGUUCACGCCACCGAAGUUCCAGCAAGCCGAGACGCACAACCACUAGCCGUGACGCGUCACCAACGCCUGGCAUCUGCUACUACCAUCGCCGUUUUGGAAACGACGCUCGUCACUGCCGCCGUCCUUGUGCGUGGCAGGGAAACAGGCCGGCCGACCUCUGACGGCGACCAGCGGUCCGGCCCAGCACACAAGUCGCCUCUUCUACCUCACGGACAGAGCCACAGGACAACGUUUCCUUGUCGACACUGGUGCAGACGUAAGCAUUAUUCCUGCUCAACGCUCCGACCGAAAAACGACACCUGUGUCGUUUUUGCAAGCUGUCAACGGUACCAGGAUUCCAGUCUACGCAUCACGCUCCGUCAUGCUCAAUCUUGGCCUCCGACGAGCGUUUCGCUGGAUUUUCCUGGUUGCAGAUGUCCGACGCGCCCUCAUCGGAGCUGAUUUCCUGCACCACUAU